AUGAAUAAGAAACACAUUGAAAAUCAAAGCAGUUAAAUUACAAUUUCGGGGUCUUUUUAAAAUAUGGUAAUAAACUUUACAUCAAUAUAUUCUCAAAUAUUUAUAAUUUACCUUUAUAUUCCAGCUCAAGUCUUAUCAUUUACAUCAUUUGGAGUUUCUGAAGGAAUCGUAAACAUAGAUGUCUCAAUUUUGAGUAUAAUCACUGUCAUUAUUACAUUAAUCAAUCAAAUGAUAAAACUGUAUGUAAGCAACACUUGUUUAGAUUUAACUAUUAAAGGAUACGAAAGGUUAUACUUUACAAAGUUCGAUUUUUUGAGAGAAAUAUUUAUACUAAUAUAAUUAAUUCUUUUUGGAAUCAUAACUGAUUUUCAGAGAGCUCAAAUAAUACAGGGAAUUUUAACAUUGCUCGUUAGUGUAACCUACAUUCUCAAUGUGAUAGUCGAUAAAUCCAUCAUUAUUGAAGUCUUUACCUAAAUUGUUUUGAUUGCUCACAUAAGUAUAUUUGCAAUAAUUGCUACUUCUCUAAUUUAUUAUUGGCAAUUAGGAUUAAUUUUAAUUCCCCUUGGUAUUUCUGUUAGUUGGGCGUAUCGUUUUCGAGUUAUAAGCGAUUUGUAUCAAAGUAUACGAGUUGAAAAAAAUGUUUAAAAAAUAAUACAUUAUAUCUCCUAUUAAAUUAAUAAUAAACAAAGAAGCUUGGAAAGAAUAGAUCAAGUUUCACAAGCUAUUUUAUUAUUUCAACAUCGUCAAAAAUGCAGCGAUUAAAAUUGUCAUUGUAAUUUUACUGAGAAUUAUACUGAGGAUCCGAAGAAUGUUCUAUUUUUAUCGUAAAAGUUACAGAAGAAAUUUAUAAUCUAAAAAAUUAAACAUUGGAAUAAGGAAUUGAACUAAAAGAGAGAUGUUUCCUCUGAUAAUACUUGUGUAUUCUAUGUAAGUGCAUUAAAUCAUUUCGGAUUCACUACUUUAGCUUUUUAAGAAUGCAACCGACUAUUAUCAUUAUCUAUACAUCAAAAUAGGGGAUUUCUGAGCCAUAGUGAUAUCAAUACCAUAUCUCAAAGCCAUUAAUAGAGCAUUCCAUCACAAUCUUCUGAAUCAUAGAAUAAAGCUAAUCAAGCUAAAUUGUAAGAGAUAAAUGCUAAGUCUAUUGAAAAAUAAUAAAAAAUUAAAUUAAAUAUUAGGAACAACAUCUUGGAUUUGCUUUCUCAAAUAAAAUUGAAAAUUAUUAGCAAGGAUAUUAAAUUAGAAUUACAGAAUAAUUUUUUAAAACAACAAACAAAAUAACAAGAAGAAAUUGCUGAAGCAAUAGAAUUGUAUUUGUAAAGUGAAUAAUAAAAUCAGAUUGUCAAACACAAAAUCCUAAAAUGUUUGUAAUAGAAAUUCUAAUUUUAUAAUAUGAUUCUCAACAAAAAGGGAUUGCGAUCUCAAUAAUUGUUUGAUAAUGCAAAAAUAAUAUCAAAUUCAUUUUAUUAAUUAGAGAAAGAACUCUUAUUCUAAUAUUCACAAUUUCCAAGUCAGAAGAUUCAAUCAAUUAAUUGCUUUUUUCAAUCAGAAAUCCUAAAUAAUUAUUUAUCAGCAUUUAAAUUAUCAAAUUUUAGUACAAUUGCAGAUGACAAAUUAAUUAACAUGAAAAAGAAUUUGAAAAUUAAUUUGUUUGGUAAAAAUGUAGUUCAUAUGAUCUUGUACUUAUCAGAUAACUUACAAACUUUAAAGAUAUCUUCGUUUAGUAAUAAUACUCACUAAUUUUUAUUAUAAAGUUACGAAGAUUUUACAAAAUAAAAUAAGAAUAUUGAUUUACUAUUACCUCAAGCAAUAAGAAAUGAACAUUAUAUGUUAGUUUAAAGAUUUAUAAAUGAAGGUAAAUGCAAAUACUUUAGAAAUAUUGAUAUUAGUUUUCUUGAAUUGUAAAAUGGGUUCUUAAAACCAUUUAAUUUAAUUAUUGAUAUAGUAUUGAAUUAAACAGAGCAUUUAUCAUUUGCUGCAUUUUUUGAAGAGGUUUCCCUUGGAAAUAGUUUCAUCAUGGUUGAUGUUAAUGGAGUAUGUGGAGGUAUAACAGCAAAUCUAUUGGAAAGAUCAGGCUGGAAGGCUUCAGAAAUAAAGGAAAACUAAAAAUUCAUUACUACUCAAUAUCAAGUGAAUAUAAAUUGCAUAAUACCUGACUUUGAAGAAUUAAAGAUAUCCUCAAAAGACAAUAAAUUUUAUAACGUGUAAAUAAAAUUACUAAAUAAAAAACAAUUAAUUGGAUAGGAAUCACGUACCAAUUUAUCAUAUCAUGAAAUGUGGAAACACCUUGAGAAUUUAACAAUAUAUAGAGGGACCAUAAUUAUUUCAAGUAAAGAACUAUAUGGAUAUUAUUAUCACAUCAUUGAAAUAGAAGACUUAAGAUAGAAUUAGACAUUAUCCCAUGUAUCUAAUUCAGAAGGAAAAGGAAUGACAACCUAAUUUGAUAAUACUAAUGAAAUUGAAGUCAGUGAUCUAGAAGUAUCGUAACCAGAAGCAGAAAUAAAUAAGCCAUAAUCUUUAAAUAUCUUUUAACAAUCCUUCUCUGAAAUAUAAUAAGACUUUGAGAAUAAUUCAUUUUAAAAUCAUUAAAUUCAUGUAGAGAUGGCAUAAAAUUUAGUAAUUAAUAAAUAAUCCUUUGCUGAAAAUAUUAUUAAAUUGAAUCAAACAUUCAAUGAAUAAUCAUUUGAGAAUCAUAAAAAUAUAGAUCAUCAUAAUGCUAUUGAUAUUACUCCGAAUCAGAGUAUUCGUAAACUAAUAGAUACUAGUAAAUCGUUUGGAUAACAGAAGUUCUUUAAUUAGGAGAUAUAGGAACUGGAUUAAUCUAAUAGUAAAAUAAGCGAAGGAUUUCAAAAUUAAAUGAAGGAUGUGAAUCAAUUGUAUGACGUAGACUUAAAUAAAAUUGAUAAAGAGAUGAGAGAGAAUAUUAAAAUGCAAUUACAAUUGGAAAUUGAUCAGAAAAAUCAACCUAAUUAGCAAGUUGAUGAUGCUGCUUCUUAGGUUUCUUCAUUGAUAGGUUUAAAGAAAUCUUUGUUCUACAAAAAGUACGAAUUAAUCAAUGGAAUAAUAGAUAGCUCUUUUAGACCUAUCUCUUACAAAUUUUGUCAUAUUUUCUUCUUUAUUCAACUGAUUUUAAUUUCUACUUAUAGUAUUAUUAUUUUAUAGAACUUGAACAUAGAUUUCAAUAGAUUCAUUUAAGAAGUUGAUAUGCUUUUGUUUAGUUAUAGUUUUAUGACUCCUUUUGAUGUAUUUUUAGCAUUAAGAUUCUCCACUGUUUACUAUUAAGUAUAGGUUCCAAGUUAAAUGACUGCAGCUGAAAAUGCUGUGUUAACUAAUUGGUUAUCUAAUCAUUUGGGAGAGGGAUAUGAUGAUAUGAAGAAGAAUUUCUUAGAAUAAUUCUCGAACCCUUAAUUGUUGGAUUUCUUCACUGAUUAAGAAUUUGAUGUCUAAUUCAUGAAAGAAAAUUCAACUUCAAUGGAAAUAAAAACACUUUCGUUCAGAGAAACCUUAAAUGUUUUAUUGCAAUACUAAUAUCAAUUUAAAAUUGCGUAUUUAUAAAAGACUUCAUUAACCAAUUAACCAUUUUCUGCUUAUCCCUAUUUUAAUUAUUUGGAUUUGCAUGACAAAUUUGAUAACAUGACUAAUGAUAUUUUAGAGUACACUAAAGAAAGAAAGCAAAUAGUUUAAGAUAAUUGGUAAUCUAUUUGGAUUCCUUUUUUAAUAUUGGACGCAGUUUUUAUGAUAGCAACCUAUUAUAAUUAUAAAGUUUACCUGCAAAAUUAUGAAAGUUUUUUGAACCUAUUUAAAUUCAUAGAUGAAGUUUGGUUGAAUAGAGAUAUGGAGAGAUAUAAAAUUUUAAUAAAUAUUUUGACUAAAAAUUCAGAUGUUAUAUUCAAAUAUCAGUUUGAUUUGGAAUAAAAAGAGAAAUUCAUGAUGGCUGAAAAAUACAAAAAGGAAUCUAAAAUAAUACAUGAUUUAAAAAAGAAAAAGAAUUAUCAAAAUUAUGAUAAGCUCUCUACAAUUUAUGGGCUUGUUGGAAUUUCGUUCGUAUUUUCAGUCUUCUUUAUCCCUUCCUUGUUAAUCCAACUAUAAACCAAUAAUUAUCUAUCUAAGUAUGUGAAUACAGCUGAUUUUUACAAAUUUACAGGAGACCUUUGCUUUUAAUUACCAGGUAUGUUUUCGUAAAGACAAUUCUUAUAUUGGUGGGCAAUAUAUAAUUUAGAUGUGAAAGAUAAACCAAGAAUGGUAGCUCGAUUAUUUAAUGGUAUUGAUAAUCUUAAAUUAUUUGAUGAACAUGUAUAACAAUUCAAUUAGGAAGAUUAUUUAACAACUUAAUCUUUCAUUGAUAAAUUAGAUUUAAUUACAAAAAAUUCGGUUUGUAAGUUUUUUACUGGAGAUCAAUUGAAUGACUACGCUUUUUAUUGUUCUAGAUCUUUUGAUGGAGCUUUGGAUAUGGGUCUCAGUCAAGGACUGAUGUAUGUAGCAAAUCAAUAUAAGGUAACCUAUGCUCUGAAUAAUUUUACUUCGAUUAGACAAUAUUUCAAAUAUGAGGCAGAGGGUAUGUACAUUAUGGUUAAAGGCAUGAUUGAGUUGGUAUCCUCUCUAAAGGAGGCUCUACUACAAGCCACUAAUUCCCAUAUGGAUUAGAUUGUUGGCUUAAGUGUUUUUCUUUUGGUGUUUCAAUUGUUCCUAUUUUUCCUUUAAUAUUUUAUUUUUCACAAGUAUUAUUCAGAAGAAUAUAAUUUGGUGAAAAGGUAUAUGCUAUUAUUGCCAUCAUCAACAUUAUUAUUGGAUGACAAUUUUGAAAGAAACAUUAGAAUAUUCUAUGCAUAAUAUUAAAUUUGA